AAAAUUGCAGAACACAAACAUGGGAAAGAAACGCACCAAGGGCAAAACUGCACAGGCCGAUGAGUCUCUGGAUGUGCUGGAGCCUGUGUGCAAGCACAUCCGUAAAGGACUGGAACAAAGCCAUCUGAAAAAGGCUCUGCUGAGCGUGGAGUGGCACGUCUGUCAGGACUGCAAGGCAGACGAUAAGCAAGAGGAAUCUGAGGAGACUGAUGAAAGCCCUUCCAUAUGGUUAUGUUUAAAAUGUGGCCAUAGGGGCUGUGGCAGAAAUUCUCAAGAACAGCAUGCUUUAAAGCAUUACACAACGCCAAGAUCAGACCCUCAUUGUUUGGUUCUCAGUUUGGACAACUGGAGUGUGUGGUGCUACAUGUGUGAUAAUGAAGUUCCAUAUAGUACCUCAACCCGAUUGGGCCAGACUGUGGAUUAUGUUAGAAAACAAGUUUGCAGUAGUACAUCAUGUACAGUUAAAAAACAACAGGAAAGCAAAGAACUUGAAAAUAAAAAAAUAAUAAAAGACAACAGAAAUGAGCAAGAAAAAGAAGUCUCGCUCAAAGAAGAGAACUCUCACUCAAGUACCAAUUCAGAAGUAACUGUGAAAGGACUUAGUAACUUGGGGAAUACAUGUUUCUUCAAUGCAGUAAUGCAGAAUUUAUCACAAACUCCAGCCCUGAGGGAGCUGCUCAAAGAAGCUAAAAUGUCUGAUGCAACGAUUAAAAUAGAGCCGCCCGAGUUCUCCAUGGAACCUCAACUGAUAAAGCUAGAUCAGCCUGGUCCUCUGACGUUAGCCAUGUAUCAGUUCCUGACAGAAAUGCAAGAGACAAAAAAAGGAAUAGUCACCCCUAAGGAACUUUUUGCUCAGGUUUGUAAAAAAGCAAUACGAUUUAAAGGUUAUCAGCAGCAAGACAGUCAGGAGUUGCUUCGUUACUUACUUGAUGGAAUGAGAGCAGAAGAAAUCCAAGUGAGUGUUUGUUUCGAAGCUUU